AUUUGAUACCGAUAAGAAUGACCAAUUAGAAGUGAGGGAAUACCCACCACUUGGUGCGUCAUACAAAUGCUUACAAAGAACGACAGAAUAGCUAGGAAAUACCGUUUCAAUCUUCACUUUAUAUUUGUUAUCAUACCUAACUGAUAUUAUACCAUCAUAUCGUAAAUUGUCCUAAACUUCUCUUGAAUGAUCAAGUUAGGUAUCGCAAUUCGAUAACUACUAGAAUAUAUUUAAUCAUUGCUCAGCUUAAGCCUUCAAGUUUGCCGCACGAUGGCAUCAAAAAGAAUCGUUCAGGAAGCAAAGUCAUUGCUAUCCAAAUCUCGACCAGGAAAAUCUUCAUUCGCCAUCUGUCCUAGAAGCUCACAGCGAUAUGUACACCAAAGUACAAGAUUGCCAGCUAUGACAGCUUCGAGCUCGAGGAUAAGACCAACUCUACAACCUCUUCAUCAACCAUCUACCAUGUUAAAGCCUGCAGCGAUUGGUGGCAGUCGUAGUAUCUUCAUCCAAACAGAAGACACCCCAAACCCAGAUGCAUUGAAAUUCCUUCCCAAUCAUCCAAUUUUACCACCCUCCCUUAAUGCGCCCUUCAUCGAAUACCUCAAUCCCAGAUCCACGCUUGCGCCACCACACCCAUCCCCGCUCGCCGCAUCGCUGAUGAAUAUUGAUGGAGUUAAGUCUGUCUUUUAUGGCGCGGAUUUCAUUACGGUCACCAAGGCAGACGAUGCGAAUUGGGCGCAUAUUAAACCAGAGAUUUUCAGUCUCAUAACGGAGGCAGUGACUUCCGGUGCACAGAUUGUCAACAUCACAGAGAAGACGGGGGCAAGUGGCGAAGCGCCAGAAGAAGAAGAUAGCUUAGCGUACAACGAGGAUGACCCCGAGGUUGUUGGAAUGAUCAAGGAAUUACUUGAAACCCGCAUUCGACCGGCGAUUCAGGAAGAUGGUGGAGACAUUGAUUAUCGCGGGUUCGAGGACGGCAUGGUCAAGUUGAAGCUCCGAGGCGCAUGCCGAACAUGCGACUCAAGUACAGUCACGUUGAAGAGUGGAAUUGAGGGAAUGCUUAUGCAUUAUGUAAGUAUUCGGCUCAGAUGAUCAUUUAUGCGACAAUGAGCUAACAAUGAGUGCAGAUUGAAGAAGUGAAGGGAGUCGUACAAGUAAUGGACGAGGAAGAGGAGAUCGCGAUCCAAGAAUUUGCAAAGUUUGAGGAGAAGUUGAAGCAACAAAAGGGUCCUGAUGCAGUUGCAUCAAGUAGCUUAGAUUCUAUUCCAAGUUGAGCUCGGUACUUGGUUGAAGAUGGAUGACUUUGGAAUCUGCUCGCAUUGCACCGCGGAUGUACAAAACAUGUACAAAGAAUGAGUACUUGGAUUUCAACUGGAGAGGAUCUUGUUUCACAGCAUCGGCAAUACCCAUCAAGUUUCGUACAUUUCUUUUGCCUUCUUCUCAUUGAACAGAAAUUUGAGUGUCCCGCCCACCCCUGCUACUACUUCAUGCAAAUUCAAUUACGAAGUACAUAUGCGCCUCACUAUAUAUCACUGUAAUGAUUUAACUGGACCAAACACCGGAUCUCUCAUCCAUCUUUAAGAGGUGUGUUAAAAAAUUUCCGUGGCGAAUCAAGUACGCAUUCAUGGAGCGGGCGUGGCUUUUCCAGUGUCACCAUCCACAGCUGCAAGACUACUUGGCUGUCAUAGAGACUUGGUGGAUAAUCGUAUGGUUUUAUACUCGAAUAAUGAGGAAGGUAUAUGCGCAGAUGGCAGAUCUUUGAUGAAGGGUUGCCCUCUUUUUUUGAUUCCGCAAAAUGUGAUUGGAAUGGGGAAGAGUAUGGAGUUAUUGCUUCCGGCUCGGCGGCGUUGCACAAACAUUGAACGAUAAGCUCCCAAUUCCUCCCGCGAGGUCAAGGGCCAGAUAUUGCCGAGAGAGGGGAAGUUUUACCGAUUUGAAUUGUCAGGAAAAUAGGAAAUAUUUUUCCAUGCCGCUUUUGGAAGAU